UUCUUUUUUUUUGUCGGCAAACAAAACCAUAGUUUAUACAUGGAGAUAUAAGGUCAAUAAUAAAAUAUACAAGGAACUAAACACAUUAGAAAAAAAAAAGAAAAAACAAAUGAUGAGAGCUCUCUUGUGCUCACACCACACACUACCAUUAUCAUCUCACUCAAGAACAACUCUCAAAACCAAACUUCAAAAUCCAAAAACCCUAAACCUCAACAACUCCAAAGCAAGAUGGGAUUCAAGGCUCCAAGCGGGACCCAAGGGGUUUCAAUCUUCUAGAAGCUCUGAAAAACCCGGCCGGUCAGACCCGGACCCGGAAGAUGACCCGCCGAUACCUCAAGAAGUGUUCGACAGGAUGAUGGGGAGGAUUGUGGUAUCUGUGGGGACACCAUUGGGCUUGGGAGUGGCAAUCUUGAAAUUACUUGAAGUUUUGAAGGAUAGAAACGUCUGGGACGUGCCAUUGUGGGUUCCAUUCUUGACCACGCUCGUGACCUUUGGUGCGUCGGCUCUUGGGAUCGCUUACGGGAGCUUGUCCACAAACCUGGAUCCGACCAAGACUAACUCUGUUUUUGGACUCGAAGAGGCAAAGGAGAAUUGGGUAGAGAUGUGGAAAGAAGAGAAGUAAUGUUGUUAAUGUGUUUUGCCUCUUGGAACUUGUUGUGGGUACAUAAAUUAAUCUUCAGUCCUCUGUUUUGGUAUGUAGUUUCUGUUUGCUUUUUUUUUGUGUAACCAAGAAUCGAAUACUUACGUGUUUAUUUUUUAUAUGAAGAGGAACAAGAAAUAUAAUGAUUAAUGAGUAACGAGGAUGGUAAACAUUA